CUUUUAUGGCCGCACAGCUGCCCAUGAUGGGAGGAGCCUUCAUGGACUCGCCCAACGAGGACUUCAGCACCGAGUACUCCCUGUUUAACUCCUCUGCCAACGUCCACACGGCCUCCAACGGCCAGGGCCAGCUGGAAGAGCCUCCUAGGUCCUCCAAYGACGCCGUCUUGCUGUGGAUCGCCAUCAUAGCGACGCUGGGGAACAUCGUGGUGGUCGGGGUGGUGUACGCCUUCACCUUCUGA